CCGGAAAACGGAAGUAUAUGUGUAACAAAGGUAACCUGGAAGUAGAAAAUCAGCGGGAACGAGCAGGGUACGGGGAUUUUGUAAACAAGAAAGUUAAUCCACAAACAUCUCUUACCAUGGCAGAUUCUAAGGAGGAACAUGAAGAAGUGGAGAAUCCAGACAUUCACUUUGAGCCACUAGUACAGCUAGAUAAAGUAGAAGUUAAGUCAAUGGAAGAGGAUGAAGAUGAAGUAUUUAAAAUUCGAGCCAAACUGUUCCGAUUUGAUAGCUCAGUGGAACCCCCAGAGUGGAAGGAACGUGGAACAGGAGAUGUUAAGUUACUCAAACAUAAGGAAACCGGCCUUGUACGAAUAUUAAUGAGGCGAGAUAAAACUCUGAAAGUUUGUGUCAACCAUUACUUAUCACCACAUAUGCAGUUGAAGCCGAACUGUGGGAGCGAUAGAGCCUGGGUUUGGAGUACGCCUUGUGACUAUGCAGAUGAGGAGCCAAAACCUGAGUUAUUGGCUAUAAGGCUAGCAAAUGCAGAAAAUGCUCAGAAGUUUAAAACCAAUUUUGAGGAAAGUCAGGCUGUAAAUGAAAAACUUGGAAAAACAAAUGCAGCACCUGAGAGUGACCAGAAAAAAUCUGCCCCCAAUGAUCAGAAGGAAUCCGCAUCCAAUGAACAGCCAGAAAGUAAAGACAGUGAGACUGACUCUGUGGCUGAAAAGCUUGGAGAAAUGAGUGUGAAAACGGACAAAGUGACAAAUGAUACGAAACCCGAGUGUGAUCAGAGUAGCAUUAAAGAUGCUGAUAAACCAUCAGAGACUAACGAAAACAAGGCAGAAUCCUAGCGUACUGGAAUUGUUAAAAGUCAACAAAAAGCAUGAACUUUCAAAUUUCGUUUCGCCAAGAGUGUCGUGUAAAAACGUGGCAUAGAGGGUGCAGAUGAAGUUAUACCUGUGACAGAAACAUCAAUCAGCGAAGUGGAAAUGAUAUAUGGACAUAUGUCCAGUUAGUCUCAAAUCUACAUGUAUAAUGAAAUUAAUUGUUUGAAGUUGUCUUAACAUUAAUUUAUUAUGCUUUGAAUGUUUCUGUAUUUUUUUAAUGUCUGAGAAAUGAGAUCCUAUUGCACAUGUAUUCCAGGUUUACAGUUGGAAUUGAACAAAAUAUGCUACUAAAUAUUUGCUUUAGUUGAUAAUUGCCAUCAUCAAUGAGAAACACUUUGCUUGUUUCAGCAUUUAUGUAAUAUUGAUAAGUCAGGAAAUGAGCCAGAUGUCUGGUUAAAGUGUCACAGUACGUAACCCCAGACAAAAGUAUUACAAACACAGGGGUGAUCAUGUGAUGUAUAAUUACAUGUACACCUAAAGAGCUUUCCUCCUGUAGUGGUGUAGACCGCUAUUUUAGAAACUUGCCAGUUUGUAAGUGAUUUAUUAGUUAUUUGAUGCUAAUUUAAGUCGGAGACCAACAAGCUCUAUACUUCAGUGAACAACAAAUGAAACAGAAAAGAGAUGAACAAUCAAAGAUAACCAACGAAAAAUCUUAGUCAUAAUUUUAUUUAAUAAGGUUGUUAUUUUUCUGCGAGAAACAAAUUAUCUACUUCUAUUGGUAAAAAAUUUGACUGAAAUUAACAUAAUGCAUUUUACUGGUAGGUAGUGUGUGUUAGUUUUGAACUAACGUGCGAUGCUUGUCAUGUGUAAAAUCAAGGCAAGAGCCUAAGAAGCCUAUGAUGGCACUGGUCGGGACACAGUCCUAAUACUAAUAGUCAAAGUGAGAGACUUUAAUAGCCAUCAAGGUGAGCGGGUAUUGUAGCCUAUGGUGACACGUGACCAUAUAUAGUCAAUGCGAGAGACUUUCAAAUUCAACAAGGUGAGAGACUAGCCUUAGAUGGCACUAGUCAUGGCAGUAGUCAAAAGUGAGACUUUUUGUAGCUGUUGAUCGAGGUGGGAGAGUAUUGUAGCCUGUGGAGGCACUGCUGGUCAUUACGUUAGUCAAAGUGAAGACAGACUUUCUUAGUCUGAUGUCAUGCAUUGCAAGGUGAGGGACAUUCAGCCUAUUUAACUUGGCACUGAUCUAAUGAAAUGUUUUAUUGUGAUCAGAGCAAUAUCAAAAUGUCUGAAACGUUUCAUGUUUGUAUCGUGAUUUAAGUCUUUCAAGUCAAGGUUGAAGCAUUAUAUUUAAGGAAAGUAAAAUGUGAAAAAUUAA